AUGUCCGGAGGUCUGGUGCGCGCAGACGAUUUGGACGCCGAGCUCGCGGUUCACAAGGAGCCGUACCUGCUGGAGAACUGGCUGGCAUAUAUAGAGCACAAGAGGGGCUCUCCAGAAGCAGAGGUCAUGCAGAUUUACCGACGCGCACUCAGACGCUUGCCUCAGUCAUUCAAGCUCUGGACGGGCUAUCUCGAGCUGUCCCACACGCUGGCUGGCAAGGGAGAUGCAGGGUUUUUGGUCAAAGCGUACGAGCAGUGCUUGGCGAAUCUGAGCGAGUUUCCUGGUCUCUGGGAAAGGUUUCUCGUAUUUCUCGUAGAGAACCUUGAUCAACUGGAUAUCUCCUACGUGCGUCGACGGUUCAACGAGGCAUUGCAGAGUUUGAGCAUUUCACAGCAUUUUGGCAUAUGGAGGCUGUUUAUCCGUUUUGCUGACAUGGUUGGCGGACGCACCAGUUUUGCAGUGUACAGGCGGUAUUUUGAUUUUCGAGCGAAGCUUGUGGACUAUGGCGAUCUGUUUGCAGACCUUCCUGAUUUGGACACAGUUAUAAACAAGCUUGUGCUGCACACGGACUCGGAAGACCAGUUUGCGAAGCUCGGGCCGGUUUUCGAGACAAUAGCCCAGAAUACCGGUCUUUUGAUGGAGCUCUCGAUUUCAGAGUUCAGCCUGUACAGCACGUAUUUCGACCUGGUUCUGCAAUUCGGAGACGAAAAGAACGCAAGAAAAAUGUACCGCCAUCUUGCCGACAAGUUCGCCGACCAGCGGUGCGUGCUUUCCAUAAAACUGGCAGCCUACUUCGAAAAGAGCAGCAGGUAUCUGGAGGCAGAAGAUGUUUUUGAAAAGGAGCUAAAAAGAGUGGACAACCUGCAUGAUUUCCAGUUGAUUUUCGAGGCCUACGCAGAAAUGGAAGACAGACGAAUGACCUCCCUGUCGCAAAGACUCGACGACGACACUGUGCGCGAGUUGGACGUCCUGAUGGACAGGUUCGAGGAUCUGCUGGCCAGGAGAAAAUUCCUGGUCAGCGACACGGCACUCCGCCAAAACCCCGACAACGUGCACGAGUGGCUGAGCAGAAUUGAGCUGUUCCGCAACAAAAACGAUAUUGCAGACUGCUACGCUCAGGCAGCCGAAACCGUCCGGCCGCAAAAAGUGCAGCAGCCAGGACUUUUUUCUAAGCUCUGGAUCCAGUACGCAAAGUUCUUUGCGGAAAACGGCGACGCCACGACGGCAAGAAAAAUCUUCCAGACAUCCACGAAGGUGCCUUUCCGCCAAAUUGACGACCUGGUCGACGUCUGGCUGGCGUGGGCAGAGUGGGAGCUGGCAAAAGACCGCGAACGGGCCGUGAAGGUGCUCGAAAAAGCGCUCGAGACGCCGAAGUACGACGGGACAAUUCACUACCGGGACGAGGACCUUAGUCCGCAGAUGCGCAUUCACAAGUCCACGAGACUCUGGCAAUAUUAUCUGGACUUGAUAAGGAGCUCCAAAAAUUUGGAAGCCACCCGCAAGGCGUACGACAGAAUGAUCGACGUCAAGGUCGCCACCGCGCAGUCGAUUCUGGACUAUGCAGGAUUCCUAGAAGACAAAAAGCUCUAUGAAGACGCGUUCAGGGUCUACGAACGCGGAGUGCUGCUUUUUCGCUACCCAGUGGUGUACGAGAUAUGGACUGUCUACCUUGACAAAAUUCUGCAUUACCAGCACCAGCUCUCUAUCGGCGUCGAAAGAAUUCGCGACCUGUUUGAGGACGCACUGCAAAACUGUCCUCCGGACCUGUCCAAGCCAAUUUUCCUGCUGUAUGCCCAGUUCGAGGAGACCAGGGGCUCGAAACUGCAAGCUCUCAAGGUGUACCGCCGGGCCAUCGAACACAUCCCAGCAAGCGCCGAGAAAGUGGAGCUGUACAGCCUCCUUGCAGCCAAAACAGCCCAGUUCAAGAACCUCGAGAGCGCCAGAGACGUCUACCACGGCGCGCUGGAGUCCGUGUCGGUCAACGCUCCGGGCUUCCUCGACGUGCUGGUGCAAGGGUUUAUAGAGCUGGAGCUGCGGCUGGGCCAGUACCGGCGGUGUCGCGAGAUAUACCGGUACGCAGCGCGGCUCCUAGUGCAGUUUGCGAAGCGCGACCAGGACGUGGAGCGCGUGUGGGGUCUGUGGAAGCAGUUCGAGGUGGACAACGGCUCGGAGGAGAGCUACAAGGAGCUGCUACGGUUCAAGAGGCAUCUGGAGAACACUGUGGUGAACGUGCGCGCCCAGACGACAGAUUCGAUCGGAUUUGUGCACAAGGAGACCCGCGGGGCCAUGGACGCUGGCGCGACGCGAAACAGCGCCGAGAUAGCGUUGGAUAUAGACGAAAUGGAAUAA